AUGGUUGCUAGUGCAAAAAAAUAUCCACUGGGCUCUCCUCAGGAACAUAUUGUAAUGUGUGAAUCCCAUGAUAUACCUAUUGAUAUGAUUUGUGAAGACUGUGAUGAAUUCAUUUGUGCCAGGUGUGCUAAAACAGAUCAUAAAGAUCAUGAUUGGAAAACUCUAACCACGGCAGCCACUCAAAGGAGGAGAGGUCUGCUUAAAUUUCUAAAGAAGAUCAAGGAAGAGGAUCUGCUUGGAAUCGAUGAGAAGAUAGAGAAGAUGUCAAUACAGAUCUCAGAAAAUAAAGAACUUUGUGAAUCUGAAAUUAAAAAGCUACAGAGGAGUUUUGAUCAGAUAAUGACCAGGCUCAAAAAUAUCGGAAAAUGUCAUAAGAAAACACUUAGAGACGAUUUGGUGAAAAAGGAUGAUCAAUUAAACCAUGUGAAAUCUAACUUAGAGAAGAAGAAAAAGGAAUAA